GGCCGGAGCGCGUGGGGCCCGGGCCCGGGACAGGCAGCGGAGCCUGGAUUGCGGUGCGCUGGGCCAGUCUGCCACCCGGCCCAGGCUCGUUAGGGACCCAGACGCUGAGCGCAGUCCCCAGCCGGGGAGUUUCAGCGGCGGGGGGACGACCCAGGUGGCGUUUCCGGAGUUGGGAGGCACUACCUGACGCGGCUAUUUUGUUUUUCUAGUUUUCAGCUACCGAAGGUUGGAUAUCGGACAUGAAUUACUCACGGUUCCUCACGGCCACGAGCGCAGCGAGAAAGCCUUCUGCCAUCCGAAUCAUGACUGAGACAUUGAGCAGGGCACCGAAAUCGGUCAUCUCCUUGGCUACUGGAUCACCAAACCCCAAUACAUUCCCUUUUAAGACUGCUGUUAUCACCGUAGACAAUGGAGAGCCCAUCCAGUUUAAUGAAGAGAUGAUGAAGAGAGCACUUCAGUAUUCUCAGAGUGCUGGAAUCCCCGAGCUGUUGUCCUGGCUAAAACAGUUACAAGUAAAAUUGCAUAAUCCUCCCACCAUCAAUUAUCCAACCAGCCAAGGAAAAAUGGACUUAUGUGUAACAUCUGGCAGCCAAGACGGCCUUUGUAAGGUGUUUGAAAUGGUCAUUAAUCCUGGAGAUAAUGUCCUCCUUAAUGAACCUGUUUACUCAGGAACACUUCAAGCUCUAAUGCCACUGGGCUGCAACAUUAUUAAUGUUUCCAGUGAUGAAUAUGGUAUUAUUCCAGACUCCCUCAAAGAAGUACUUUCCAAAUGGAAACCAGAAGACUCAAAAAACCCCAAGAGAAACACCCCCAAAUUUCUUUACACUGUCCCAAACGGCAACAACCCUACUGGAAACUCAUUAACAACUAACCGCAAGAAGGAAAUCUAUGAGCUUGCAAGAAAAUAUGAUUUCCUCAUAAUAGAAGAUGAUCCUUACUAUUUUCUCCAGUUCAACAAGUCCUGGGCACCAACAUUUCUUUCCAUGGACGUUGAUGGGCGUGUCAUCAGAGCUGACUCUUUUUCAAAAGUCCUCUCCUCUGGGUUGAGACUAGGGUUUAUAACUGGUCCAAAACCCUUGAUAGAGAGAGUUGUCUUACACACACAAGUUUCAACUAUGCACCCCAGCACUUUUACACAGCUUCUAGUAUCACAGCUUCUACACCAAUGGGGAGAAGAAGGUUUCCUGGCUCAUGUAGAGAGGGUUACUGAUUUCUAUAGGAAGCAGAAGGAUGCAUUAGUGGCAGCUGCAGACAAAUGGUUAAGUGGUUUGGCAGAAUGGCAUGUUCCUACUGCUGGAAUGUUUUUAUGGCUUAAAAUUAAGGGCAUUUAUGAUGUAAAACAACUGAUUGAAGAAAAAGCCAUUAAGAAAGAGAUAUUAAUGCUUCCUGGAAAUGUUUUCUACGCUGAUACCUCAGCACCUAGCCCUUACUUUAGAGUGUCCUUCUCUUCAGCUUCUCCAGAACAAAUGGAUAUGAACCCAAUGGUAACUACAAGAAUGUCAUUUUAUGGGCAAAGGACAUGAAUAGACACUUUUCCAAAGAAGACAUCCAGAUGGCUAAUAGACACAUGAAAAAAUGCUCAACAUCACUCAUCAUCAGAGAAAUGCAAAUCAAAACCACAAUGAGAUACCACCUCACACCAGUCAGAAUGGCUAAAAUCAACAACUCAGGCAACAACAGAUGUUGAUAAGGAUGCAAAGAAAGAGGAUCUCUUUUGCACUGCUGGUGGGAAUGCAAACUGGUACAGCCACUCUGGAAAACAGUAUGGAGGUUCCUCAAAAAGUCAAAAAUAGAACCACCCUACGACCCAGCAAUUGCACUACUAGGGAUUUAUCCAAAGGAUACAGGUGUGCUGUUUCAAAGGGGCACAUGCACCCCAAUGUUUAUAGCAGUGCCAUUGACAAUAGCCAAAGUAUGGAAAGUGCUCAAAUGUCCACCAACAGAUGAAUGGAUAAAGAAGAUGUGGUAUAUAUAUACAACAGAGUAUUACUUGGCAAUCAAAAAGAAUGAAAUCUUGCCAUUUGCAACAAUAUGGAUGGAACUAGAGGGUAUUAUGCUAAGCAAAAGUCAGAGAAAGACAAAUAUAUGACUUCACUAAUGUGGAAUUUAACAUAAAAAACAGAUGAACAUAAGGGAAGGGAAGCAAAAAUAAUAUAAAAAUGGAGAGAAACAAAACAUAAGAGACUGUUAAAUACAGAUAACAAACUGAGGGUUGCUGGAGGGGUUGUUGGUGGGGGGACAGGCUAAAUGGUUAAGGGGCAUUAAGGAAAACACUUGGGGUGAGCACUGGGUAUUAUACAUAGGGGAUGAAUCACUGGAAUCUAUUCCUGAAAUUAUUAUUGCACUCUGUGCUAACUUCAAUGUAAAUUAAAAAUAAAUAAAUAAAUUUAAAUAAGGAAAAAAAAA